GUGUCUCUGUAUUUAUUUACGUUUUGCUUAUCGAUUCGCCCGCCGUGCCUUUGACCAUCAAUAAACCAAUCCCCGCACCCACGUAUCAUCCCCGCCCAGAAAUGGACAAAAUCUUUCAACGAGUGACCAAUGAAAUUAUCGUACAGCGUUUUUAUUUACGACAUACAUCCAAUUAGACGAUUCGAUUGUUGGUCACGAUUCAAACUCGAACUUUUAUUUCUCGAGUAUGAAAGACAUUUCGUUAUUGUUCUGGUGGAUAUGACAGCUAUCGCGAUCAUGCCAAUUUUAUUCAGCCUUUUUAGAACCAGUUUCAAGUUUUUGUUUACAUCGUCGAUACGGUGCAGUGUCUAUCGACGUUUCGACCUUGUAGCUGGCUUUCAAGGACGAGAGCAUGCAGACACGAAUCGACAUCCUUCAUUCGAAUUGUAUACAACGAAAUCUGAUACUAAUUCGAACUCGUGAACUUAGAGGUUAUGACUAAAUUGAAUGUAAUAUUUACGGCACGUGUUGUUGAAGAACGAACGGCCUUGAUUUAUACAACAUCCAAUUUCAUGAAAUUCUAUCGAUACAGAACGAGUCGCUAUUAUGUAUUAUAAUUUUUAUUCGAUGAAUAAUGAAUAAGAAAUCCUCCUUCCCCUCCUCCCAACUCCUUGUGUUUGUUCUUUCCAAACCAUAUGAUUUUUAUUUUCCUCGAAUGGAGCUUUGCUCUUCUUGUUUCACUUGCAAGUAUACGAGGUAAAUAUAACAAGGGUCCUGUGCGCAUUGCUCGAUUUUACUCAGCAAACACGGCGGAAUUUAUUCCAUGCGCAUCGACCAAUAUAAGUAUCCUGCUCCCAACCAAACAUUUUGUUUCAAUUUUACAAAAUUUCAACACUUCCUCUCAAGCGAAAAGCCGAGGAUCUAUAAUCAAGAACUCACAGAAACGAAUCUACGAAACAAUUGAAAGUUUCCAAUCCGAUCGAACCCAAACGAGGCUCACGACCACAAAAAAAAAAGCAAAGAUGGCCAAUAGUAGCCCAAGAAAGCUAAGUGUGUCGAUCGUCCAAGGAGACUCGUCGGCGACCAAUCUCAUAUCGACGUCGAAUCCGAUCUGUCGAACAAUAUAGCGCCGCCAGCCACGCCGCUGCAAGACUUCACGUACCACUGGAAGCAGCUGAUGAACUUUUACGUGAACCACCUGACGAACUGCAAGGUCCCGAUACAGACGACAGGCAUACCACGACACCUGGACAGGUUGUUGGAGAUCCUGUUGGAGGAGGAGAAGGAUGAAAAUGAGCCGGGUCCGUGUCUGGAGUAUCUCUUGCAGCACAAGCUGCUGGACCUGCUGGCGACGCUGGCCAGCGCAGAGACUCCCCCAGGGAUGAGGAUGGUCUGUCUGUCCUUCCUGAGGAAGUUGCUGGGUAGAUCCAAGUACCCUUUAUUGCACCACACGUCGAUAUACGGGCCAGUGCAAAGGUUGAUCUCCUUGUGCAAUGGCAAUCCCCCGUCCCCUAUGGAGGCAGAAGAAGUCCAGUUUCUCCUCACGUUGUGCUUCCUGGUGUGCAAGUAUCCCCACGUGACCAACAUGAUAAACGACGCGCCAGCGGUCCAGAAACAACACGCCGCUGCGAGGAGGAACUCUGAGCGAAUGGAGGUAGAGAGGGUCACCUACAUACCAGCCAGGAAAAGAAACAAUUUCAAUCCCCUGUUCGAGCCACUGGACACCCAGGCGGUCACGCUCAUAAAUCCUAAUCUGUUCGGCACCGAGAACGAUAGAAGACGGUCCGUAGGGUCGAACAGAUCCUCCAGCAAGGCUGAGACAGCUCGCGGAGCCUCUGGUCGAUCGAACGAGUCGGUGUCUUCCAGGGAAGCCGAGAACGGGUCCCAGUCCUCGAGUCCCACGACCCAGAAACCCGUACGCGAGGCAGUUCCAGGCGCCAGGGGGUCGACCGGGGAGUCACAGGACUACGAAGUCGCGCACAAGUGCGAGGACGUGGCUCUGAUGAACGAGAUCGACACCCAUCUGCAGAACCUCAGGGACCUGAGGGUGGACGUCGAGUUCGGCGGCGGUUACGAGGACUCCGGCUGCGUGGAGAACGAUCAGAACCUGCUGACUUCGAAGACACCGCAGAAAUCCAAAUGCCUUCUACUAGAUGCCUUGUUGAGUUACAUAAACACUGCGGACAAUACCGUGAGGAUAAGAGCGUGCGAGGGAAUAAUGGUGCUGGCGUCCCUGGAGGAUUCGUCGUUCGCCCAGACGGUCGCAAACAGCGACAUGACGACCUUGAUACCGAGUAGAUUAGAGAACCUGUUCAACGCCAUUCCAGCACACGUCGAUCCGAACGAGAUCGACGGCGUGGACGUCACGUGGGGCCUGGACUCCCCAGCGUGGACGAAGGAGAAAAAGUUCUCAGGUUGUAGGCAGGUCGCCGCGUUUUUCAUGUGGUUCGACUAUUGCAAUCAGCUGGCGAGGGAGGCGCAUCCAGAGGUCGCCGAGGCCCUGGCGAAGAGCAUCAGAGUGAACUUCUUCGAGAGCAUCGUGACGCCAGCUCUGGCCGAGCAUCACGUUGUUCUUAUCACGGCGCUGGUCACAAAGUGCUUGAAGGAGUUAACGUCCAGCGCCCUCUGUACAGAAAUGGGCUACUGGUUAGUGGGGCAAGACAGAGGCCCAGAGAUACCGAACGUGUGGACGUCGCCUGUGUUGCACAGGCUGAUAGACAACUGUUUCACGGACAGCGACGAUUUAACGUUGGAAACGUUGAAGCUGUUCGAGGAAAUGAUAGAGAAGAGGAACGAGCAUACGUUACACUGUUUAGUGUUGGUCUAUUUGUCGACUCGAGGCUAUUACGAUAACGCGGCCGCUGAUAGCGCGAUAGCCUCCUGGAGCGACGAGGAGGACGAACGAGAAAGGGAAAAGAAGGGCUUGCUGGACCUCUCGUACGAGCAGAGUCACAGCAGAACAUUGGCGCCCAGUAACAUUCAUAGAAUAGUGAACUGCUUCCUGUCCCUGAUUCCGCGCUAUCUGCAAACUGACACCGACGUGAACAACUACGAGCGGUACAUGGCCGACUUGGAGAGACAGUACUCCACUGUGCUAACAGACUGCUCGCUGAUGGCCUGGCCGUUGGAGGCAGUGACCAUCGACGAUUCAGCGAGUUCAGACUCGAGACCGGAGGCUGACCACUGCUCAGUCAGGUUCUACAUGGGUCCCUUUGUGACCAUGCUGUUCGAGAAGGUGGCCAACGUGCCGCGACAAAAGUACGAGAUCAAUCUCCAGCUAACAGUGGUGAUCUCGAGGCUGGCGCUCUUACCUCAUCCGUACCUGCACGAAUUUUUAUUGAAUCCGCUGCUACCGUUAGCACCCGGCACAAAAAACUUGUUUACUUGCCUGCAAAAAGUUGUCAAGCAGCUCGUGAACGAAGUACCAAAGACGCCGGAUCACAAGCAAAUGCUGAAGGAGACGCGAGAACGAUUGCUGGAGGACUGUUCCCACGAAGGAGAGAAGGAGAACAUUCUGUUCGAAAGCGUGAUCGUCACGGAGGAGUUUUGCAAAGAACUCGCCGCAAUAGCAUACGUUAAGUACCACCACUCUAUGUGAUAAUCGAUAUCAAAGAAAACGAUGUAAAUUUUAGGUUUAUCAACGUAUUAUGGCCGAGUAUUUUACUUAACGAUUUGAUCGUCAUUCUAGAUACGUUUAAAUAGAAGAUGGUUUUUUGUGAUGACUUUGUAAGAUACAUAAACGUAUUUAUAAGUAUAGUGGAUAAUAUAUUAAUGUUAUUAUUUGCAAUCAUUUGUUUGGACAAUCCAUCCUCUGUGACUCUAAUAAAGAAACCAAUGAA